GUGAAGAGCUUGACAAGCGGUGCUAGUCUCACCGUUAAACCGAGGAGACUUCUGACAAAAUGCCUCCCUAUCACCUCCCCAUGUGUCGACAACACUCACUUCAUUAGGGUUCGUGACAGUUCGAGAAGCAAACAUAUCUUCGUCGUAGACACCUAUGAGUUGUUGAAACCUUACAAUCAACAUGGCGCAGCUCACUAUCGAUGGCAAUAGUCGCGAUGCUGCGGCAAAGCUCAAGGUUGAUUACCCUUGGAUACGGACUCCAGUUGUAGCCAGUGCGCCUAUGCGGUUGAUUGCGGAUAUUGAUUUGACGCUUGCAGUUUGCAGAGCUGGCGGAAUUGGGUUUCUUGCGGGAGGCACUGAUGUAUCUCAGAUGGACCAACAGUGUCAGAAAUUGAAAGAAGCUCUCGAACCAACACCGAUUGCAUCGCGAGUAGGAGUGCAGCCUUAUGGACUAGGCUUCAUUACGUGGGGCGCUCCACUAGAAGCCUCUGUAGCGGUCAUCCAGAGACAUAAGCCCGCAGCAGUUUGGUUCUUUGCGCCUCAGAAGCUGAAAGAUCUCGUCGAUUGGACGCAACGAACCAGAGCCGCGUCACCGGAAACCCGUAUCUGGAUCCAGGUCGGCACUGUAGCGGAUGCAAUCGAGGCGACUGAGCUGUGUCAAGCCGAUGUGUUGGUUUUACAGGGCCAAGAUGCUGGUGGACAUGGCUACUACUCGGCAGCAAGCAUCGUCAGCUUGGUUCCUGAGGUGGAAGACAGAUUGGAAGCUUGGUCGAAGGCAUCUGGAAAGCCAACUCCCAUCAUCUUUGCUGCCGGUGGUAUUAUGGACUCGCGGGCAUUUGCAGCCGCUUUGACUCUCGGUGCACAUGGUAUCGUGCUGGGUACCAGACUACUUGCUGCAAACGAGGCGAUUAUUGCGGAUGGCUAUCAGGAAGCACUGUUCGCUGCUGAAGACGGCGGCACUGCUACUGCGCGUUCUAACUUGUAUGAUACUCUGCGGGGAACGCUUGGAUGGCCAGAAGCUAUAGGUGGCCGCGGGGUGCUCAAUCGCAGCUGGGAAGACUCAAAGAAAGGCAUGUCGAUGGAGGAUAACAAAAUCUUAUAUGACAAGGCAAUGAAGCUAGGAGCAAAAGGUUGGGGAUUUGAUAAGCAAACCGAAGGUCACGCAUACGUUGGUAAGGUCGAGGACGGUCGUAUGACGGCUUACGCUGGCACUGGGGUUGGCCUGCUCAAAAGACGACAACCAGCAGCAGAGAUUGUCCUUGAGGUCAGAGAGGGUGUAAUGGGAAAGCUGACACGAGCCAGCGGAGCUAUGUUGCCUUGAUACUCAUUGGUGAGCCUCGAUAUCGUUGAACGGCUCUUUGCUUGGGGGAUGAUACUUGUGAUUUAUGAUAGCUGAGACAGAUGGCCAAGAAUUAUACUAAUCCUAGUAAGACAGGCGGUAGAAGAUAUGCACGGGCCAUAUCUUCAACAGGACUUAAGGAACUCACCUAUGCUAUAUUCUAUUAUUAAUGUGUAUACACUGACUAUAGUACUGGAAUGGAAAGAUGAUUAUAAGCUAGUAUAAGUAGUUAUAGCUUAAAGUAAGCC